AUGGAUAUACCAAUGUGUCUAGUCAUCCACCAUGGUGGGAAGUGGGUUGAAAAGCCAAGCUUCUGUUAUAUGGGGGGUAAUGUGAAGUUGAUUAAUGAUCUGCCUACUGAUUUUGAUCCAAGUUACCUUAAGGGUUUGAUUAACUCAUUAGGGUAUAACAACAUUGUGAAGCUGCACUAUUGUGAUCCAUUAAAAGAACUCCAUAAAGGCAUUAGGUUCCUAGGUUAUGAUGGCACCACAUUUGGGAUGUUUAUAAGCUUGUUAUAUGAGUUCAAGAUGCUUGAUAUAUUCACAGAACAUGAUGAGGGUGAAGUAGAAUGUUUAACUCAAGAAACAGUGGUUAGCAAUACUUGUAAGGAUGUAAUUGUUGGGCAAUAUGAGGGUUCUGAUAAUGAAGAUGAUGAAGUUAGAGAAGCAAGAGAACAAUUGCAAGAAGACAAAAGGAGAGAAAAAUCCUAUGAAGAAGAGAUUGAUUCACUGAGUAGCCCCCAUAACUCAGAUGGUGAAGGUGAUUGUGGUUACCUUUUGCCACAACCAGGUCAUGAUAGGAAGAUAAACAAGAGGAAAGCAAGUGUCCUCUCUGAAGUUUUAUCUGUUGAGCAAGAGUGUCCAUUCUACUUAGGACAAGAAUUUGAAGAUGCAAUUGAGUUCAGGGGUGCAAUUACUAACUACUGCAUGAACAUUGGGAGGGACACUUAUUAUCCAAAGAAUGAUGCAAAGAAAAUUGGAGUGAGAUGCAAAGCAGAUAAGUGUCCAUUCUAUGUUUAUGCAUCUGUUGUUAAAGGGAAGGCUCAGUUAGUUGUGAAGACAUUGGUCCCUCAACAUAACUGUGGUAGGUUAGCAGUUCUAAAGAAGAUUAGGGCUUCAUGGAUUGCUAAACUAUAUCAACAGAAGUUCAAGAUCAACCCUUAUAUGAAGUGCCAAGAAAUAGUUGACACACUAUGGGCUGAAAAAGGAGUGAAGGCAUCAUUAUGGCUUGCAUUGAAGGCAAGGAGGAAGGCCCAAGCCCUAAUACUUGGUGAGUACAAGGAACAAUAUGGCUUACUCUACAGAUAUGCUGCAGAGAUUAAGAGGUCCAACCCUAGAAACACUAUUAAGUUUAAGAUGAAUAGUGGUGUCUUUGAGAGAUUGUACAUUUGCUUUGAUGCCAUUAAGAAGGGAUUUCUGGCUGGAUGUAGGCCCUUCUUUGGUAUUGAUGGCUGCUUCUUAAAAGGACCUUUUGGUGGGCAGCUUCUUGUGGCAGUUGGUAGAGAUGGAAACAAUCAAAUGUUUCCAAUAGCUUGGGCUUGUGUUGAAGUUGAGGACACUGAAAGUUGGAGCUGGUUUUUGCAACUAUUGGCUGAUGAUCUUGAAACAGUAGAUGGUUUAGGCUACACUAUAAUGUCUGAUCAACAAAAAGGUCUUUUAAAAGCUGUUUCUCUUGUAUGGCCUAGAGCAGAUACUAGAUGUUGUGCUAGACAUGUGUACUGCAACUUUAGGCAGGUAUUUGGUGGGGGUGUGCAAUACAGAAGAGGCUUUUGGAAAAUAGCCAAAAGCACAACUGAAGCUGAGUUUGAGAAGAAUAUGUCACUAUUUGGUGACAUUUCUAAGGAGGCAGAAGCUGAUUUAAGGAAGAGAAACCAAAAAAAAUGGGUGAGAGCUUACUUCACAACCACUCCUCAUUGUGAUUGUAUUGACAACAAUAUGAAUGAGGUUUUCAAUUCAUAUAUUCUGUCAUCUAGGCAUAAACCAAUAAUCACAAUGCUUGAGGAUAUUAGAGAAGGGUUGAUGGAGAGGCUUCACAAAAAAAGGGAUUACAUAGCUAAUAAAGAAAUUCAGAUUUGCCCUAGGAUCAAAAGUAAACUGGAGAAGUCAAAGAUGGAUGCAAGGGGUUGGCUAGCCUUUUGGGAUGGUCACUUUUCAUAUGGGGUUAGGGAGGGUCUAACACAAACUAGGUAUGUGGUAAGUUUGCUUGACAAAACAUGCAGCUGCAAUGCUUGGCAACUCAGUGGAGUGCCUUGCAACCAUGCAGUAGCUGCAAUAUGGAAAGCAAAGGAAGCCCCUGAGCACUAUGUGUCACAUUACUUCUCAAAAGACACAUAUCUCAAGGCAUACUUGUUUCCAUUAGAGCCAUUGAAUGGACCACAACAGUGGCCUCAAUCAUCCUAA